GCCAAGUGACUGUUCCUCUAUAAAUCCUCUCCCCUUGUGCUCAGCUUCUCACCACCAAAACCAACCAGAGCAAGCACUGGGCAGCAGAUCGACACCUGUCUUCCUCCGCCCCUCCAACCACUCCCAAGUCUCCAAGCAUCAGGAGCUCGAACCAAGAAAGCUUCCAAUGGAGCUCAACUUCCAGACGCAGCCAUCAGUGUUCCAGCUCGAGGACUACAGCAGCUACUACUACUACUACCAGCAGGAGGCGGCGGCGCAGGCCAAGCCGUCCAAGCCGCGGGGCCGGAAGAAGGGCAGCAACAACCACAGCAAGUUCGUCGGCGUCCGGCAGCGCCCGUCGGGCCGGUGGGUGGCGGAGAUCAAGGACACCACGCAGAAGAUCCGCAUGUGGCUCGGCACCUUCGAGACCGCCGAGGCCGCCGCCAAGGCCUACGACGAGGCCGCCCGACUCCUCCGAGGCAACGAAGCCCGCACCAACUUCGCGCCCCGCAUCUCCCCGGAUUGCCCGCUCGCCGUCCGCAUCCGCGGCCUCCUCCAACACAAGAAGAUCAAGAAGGCCAAGGCCGCCGCGGCAAGAUCCUCCUCGGCCGCCGCCGCGGCCGCCUCGAAGCAAAAGGCGGCGAGCUCCCCUUCGCCCACCACGAGCAAUAGCAAUAGUAAUUGCCAUAGCACGAAUAGUGCUUGUGGUGGCCCUAGCAGCAGCAGCAGCAGCAGCUCUAGCAGCGCAGUCAGCUGCGACGACGCCAUGGCCAUGCUGAAUGGCGGCGGUGGCGGUGGCGGCGGCGCACUGGACGGCGGCGAGGUGUACCGGCCGGAGUUCGGCCCCGUGGGCGCCGAGGAGUUCGAUUCUUGGAUGUUGGACUCGGCGUUCGGCCAGUUCCCGGUGCUGGAUGGCUUCGCCGCCGUCGAGAGCGCCGUCCCCGCUGCACCCGCGGAGGAGGAGCUGGCUGCCGCCGCGGCGCCGGGCGAAAUGGCCGAGUUCGAGCGGAUCAAGGUGGAGCGGCGCAUCUCGGCGUCCCUGUACGCCAUGAACGGCCUGCAGGAGUACUUCGACCGGGUGUUCGACGCCUCCGCCUGCGAUCCGUUCUGGGAUAUCUCGCCGCUCUGCCACUAGCUUGCUUAGCUAGCCUCAGCUCAACCGCGCGCGUCCUCCUCCUGGUGUUGGCCAUUGUCGGGGGAAGUAACUAACGAUUACCAGGUGUAUGUGCGUGUGCGGUAUUAAGAGGAAGAGGAUGAUGAUGUGAUCCUACUCGUUGUAACCCGUCGAUGCAUUUUUGUGCAAAAAUGCUUCAAAUUUUGCCGAGAGGCAAAGCAAAUCAUCAUUGUGCACGAUUGCAUUCCAAUUUU